AUGGCCGUCUCCACCUUCAGUGGCCCUGGGAUUGGGCUCGGUUUCUUGAUCUUGUCUCUGUCUGUUGAAAUCGGCGCAGGCUUCGGCGUCGGCUGCGGAUUCGGAGUCGGAUGGGGGUUCGGAGGAAUGCCUCUGAACGUAUUCGGCUUGGGCAUCGGUGGGGGAUGCGGAGUUGGUCUUGGGUUAGGAUGGGGCUUUGGAAAUGCUUAUGGUUGUCAAUAUCGAUCUUCAAGGGUCCAGUUUCAGGGCAUUGAGUUUCAGAAAAAGUCUGAAGGAGAUGAAGCACCAAAGCUUGCUUCGCCAGGGCUUGUUGAAAAGUCUCGUCCUUAUGGCUAG